GCUGUUGGAGUCCAACCAGGAUAUAAUUCAAACUUAUUUUAAAUUUCAUUUCUCACCGGGUGAAGUGGAGUCCCCUGCCUCUUCACAGCUGAGAGCAUCUGUUCGUCCUUACUGGACCUCCUCGCCAUGGCAGCAGUGGUCGGAUACUCUCCUCCAUGGUGGGUGAACCUGCUGCACAGACUGCCCCACUUCAACCUCAGGUUUGAGCAAACGAGCAGUGACUUCCAACCAGAGGACUGGACGUACCAGCAGUCCAUCCUGUUGCUGGGAGGUGUGGCGCUGGCCUGUCUGGCUCUGGACCUCCUGUUCCUGCUCAUCUACUCCAUUUGUCUGUGCUGCCGGCGCAGUAAAACCGAGGAGCAGCCCAACGCUGACUGUUGCUGCACGGCCUGGUGCGUCAUCAUCGCCACACUCGUUUGCAGUGCUGGUAUUGCUGUCGGUUUCUAUGGGAACAGCGAGACUUGCGAUGGAGUGAAUCGGCUGACGUACUCCCUCCUCCACGCGAACCGCACAAUCACUGGAGUGCAGAAGCUGGUAACUGAUAGUACGUCAUCGUUAAACCAGACCGUGGACGACGAUCUGCAGCAGCUUGAGGGCCAGUAUGCUCAGCAUGCGGACUACGUCUCCAUCAUCCAGAAGCUGCAGGGCCAACUGGACGAGCUCGUCAGACAGAUGGUUGAGAUCCCUUUUUGGGACAACAAGGUUUCCCUGGAGGAUUUGGCCGUUAAGAUUGAACUGUACGACUGGUAUAGGUGGCUGGGCUACAUAACCUUACUGCUGUUUGACGUCUUCAUCUGCCUUCUCGUUCUCUUGGGCCUUAUUCGCAACGUGAAGGGAACUCUUAUCGGAGUGUGCCUGUUUGGUGUAGUGGCUCUUAUCUUCAGCUGGGUCUCACUGGGGCUGGAGUUGGCGGUCUCUGUGGGUUCCAGUGACUUCUGCUUCGCUCCGGAUACUUAUGUUACCAAAGUGGGGAGUCAGUAUGGCGUCAUCAACCCAGAAAUCCUGCAGUACUACAUCAGUUGCAGUUUGGAACAAACCAACCCCUUCCAGCAGAGGCUUUCUGGGAGCCACAAAGCUUUAGUGGAGAUGCAGGAUGAUGUGUCUGAGCUGCUGCGCUCUGCCACCAGAGAGUACAAACAGACCAAGGAGAGUCUGGAAGAGAUUCAGGGAAUCCUGAACACCACAGAGAUCAGCCUGCACCAGCUCACUGCACUCGUGGACUGUCGUAGCCUGCACAUGGACUACGUGCAGGGUAUAACAGGACUGUGUUACGAUGGACUGGAAGGCCUCAUCUACCUCGUGCUCUUCUCCUUCGUCACAGCUCUGAUGCUCAGCUCGAUUGUCUGCAGCGUGCCUCACACCUGGCGAGGCAAGCGGAGUGAUGAAGACAGCGAAGAGGAGUCUUUGAGCCACGGAGGAAGGCAAAACCCCGACAGCCUGUACCGGGUCCACAUGCCCAGCCUGUACAGCUGUGGCAGCAGCUACGGCAGCGAGACGUCCAUUCCUGCCGCAGCCCACACCGUCAGCAACGCACCUGUCACAGAGUACAUGGCUCAGAACUCCAACUCCCAGAACUCGCGCUGUGAAAACACACCUCUGAUUGGACGGGAGUCUCCUCCUCCCUCGUACACCUCCAGCAUGCGGGCGAAGUACUUGGCCAACAACAACAGCCGACCAGAUCCUUCCAACCCUCCGGCGCAUUAGAUCCGUCUGCAGUGAUCCAGUGAUCCAGUCAUCCAUCCCGUUGGUCUCUCUCGCUCUUCUGCUUCCACUUUCUGUCUCGCCUGAACUGAACCAAAUGUGCUUUCUGCUCCAAGCAGAACUUUAAGGACAUCCAUCUCCUCUUGCUUUAGGAUUGCAUGAACUUUCAGAGGUGCUGGGACUGAGCCGGGACUGUUUUUAGUUGUUUUUACUUUUAAACAUGAAUACAAC